AUGGCUAGUGAUAAUGUGGACGGCGCCAACUCAGCUAGUUCACAGGCGAUUAUGAUGAUGACACGUUCUCUCAAAUUGAGACAGUUAUCUGGAGGAGGUGUAGCACCUAUGAUGAACUUCUGCCGUUCCCUGAUGUUGUCCAUACUUCACGAGGUGGAGCGGGAGAUCGCCAUUCUGAAACUCAUAGAACAUCCUCAUGUUUUAAAGCUGCAUGACGUCUACGAAAAUAAGAAAUACCUGUAUUUGGUGCUAGAGCACGUGUCCGGUGGGGAGCUCUUCGACUAUCUAGUGAAAAAGGGCCGGUUAACACCUAAAGAGGCCAGGAAGUUCUUCAGGCAGAUCAUCUCAGCACUGGAUUUCUGCCACAGCCACUCCAUAUGCCACAGAGAUUUGAAGCCUGAGAACUUGUUGUUAGAUGAGAAGAACAACAUCAGGAUAGCGGACUUUGGCAUGGCGUCUCUGCAGGUCGGGGACAGUCUGCUGGAGACCAGCUGUGGAUCUCCACAUUACGCCUGCCCAGAGGUCAUCAGGGGAGAGAAGUAUGAUGGGAGGAAAGCAGAUGCGUGGAGCUGUGGAGUCAUCCUCUUUGCACUUUUAGUGGGUGCUCUGCCAUUUGACGACGACAACCUGAGGAAUCUUUUGGAGAAGGUGAAGCUGGGAGUAUUCCACAUGCCUCACUUCAUCCCUCCAGACUGCCAGAACCUUCUGCGUGGGAUGAUUGAAGUGGACGCCAGCAAGAGACUCACGUUAGAGCAGAUCCAGAAGCACAUGUGGUACCUAGCUGGCAAGAAUGAGCCUGAGCCUGAGCAGCCUGUUCCCAGGAAGGUGGCCAUCAGGACGCUGGCCUUAGCUGAGGAGAUCGACCCUGACGUCCUGGAGAGCAUGCAUUCUCUGGGAUGCUUCAGAGACAAGGACAAACUCACCAAGGACUUGCUGUCUGAGGAUGACAACCAGGAAAAGAUGAUCUACUUUCUCCUCCUGGACCGUAAAGAAAGAUAUCCGAGCCAGGAGGACCAGAAUCUACCGCCGCGCAAUGAGAUCGACCCUCCCAGGAAGCGAGUGGAUUCACCAAUGUUGAGCCGCCACGGCAAGCGAAGACCCGAGAGGAAGUCCAUGGAGGUGCUGACUAUAACCGAGGGAGGCUCUCCUGUGCCUGUACGACGAGCCAUCGACAUGGCCACACAUGGGCAGAGAUCGCGGUCGAUCAGCGGCGCGUCCUCCGGUCUGUCGACCAGUCCUCUCAGCAGUCCCAGGGUGACCCCUCACCCUUCCCCCAGAGGGAGCCCUCUCCCAACCCCUAAGGGCACCCCGGUGCACACGCCCAAGGACAGCCCAGCUGGCACACCCAGCCCGACACCGCCCCCCAGUCCCUCCAUUGGGGGUAUGCCAUGGAGAACGCGCCUCAACUCUAUCAAGAACAGCUUCCUGGGCUCGCCACGCUUCCAUCGCAGGAAAAUGCAAGUUCCCACCCAGGAAGACAUGUCCAGUCUGACCCCAGACUCUUCUCCAGAAUUGGCCAAGAAGUCAUGGUUUGGUAACUUCAUCAACCUGGAAAAGGAAGAGCAGAUCUUCAUAGUGAUCAGAGACAAACCACUGAGCUCCAUAAAGGCCGACAUCGUCCACGCCUUCCUUUCUAUCCCAAGCCUGAGCCACAGCGUCAUCUCCCAGACCAGUUUCCGGGCUGAGUACAAGUCCUCAGCUGGUCCCACAGUGUUCCAGAAGCCAGUGAAGUUUCAGGUGGACAUCACCUACAGCGAGAGCACUGGUGCCACCAAGGAGAAUGGCAUCUACUCCGUCACCUUCACUCUGCUCUCAGGUCCCAGCCGGCGUUUCAAGCGUGUGGUUGAGACCAUCCAGGCUCAGCUACUCAGCUCCAAUGACCAACCUGGCAUCCAACCCCAGAUAUCUGGCAGCCCGUUGAGUAACUUCUUUGACGUAAUUAAACAGCUUUUUUCAGACGAGAAGAACAUCCAAGCGUCCCACUCCCCUGGCGCCCCUGCCACGCCUAGCUCCCCUGCCAAGCAUGUCCUCAGCAGCAGGCCCACCCAGGCCCCACCCACUGACUCUAAAUGCCCCCCUGGCAAAGACAAAACAAAGACGGCCACCGGCAACAGGACACAGGAACAACCUUAAGGAGCGGUAGCUGUGCAUGAGUAGACAAUACGCAGAUAUCAGGUCGUUAAACUAGACCGACCCGGCUGUUAGCUGUGCCCUUUAGUUCGGAGUGUAACUCUACAAAAUACUUUUGUUUUUUUGUUUUGUUUUGUUUGUUUCUUGCCUAUAAACUUUUGUACUGUAUAAAAUCUCAAUGGCUACUUCAGUUUAAAAGUUAAUCAGCAUUUUACAAAAAGUAGCACAUGUAGCUUUGUCGUGGCUGCCUCCUGUCCCUGUUUACGUCCCGGUGGGUGUGUCACUGCGUGUUUGUGCUCAUCACGUGUGAUGGCUUGAUUGUCUCUGCCACCAGGGAUCAUCCAUACUAACUAUUAGCGCCCCGACCUUGGCUCUUCCAGAUGGCUGACUGUGGCCUCCUAAUGGCCGGCCACCGCCGAAAGAGUCAGAAAAUGGAAGAAAAGCGAGAUGACAGCCCCGCCCCCGCCACAUCACUUUCUCCCCAUUUUUCUCCAAAUGCGGAGACGUCUCUGAGGAGCUCUCAAAAGAAAACAAAAACGCCUUAAGACAGUGAUGUUUGUCAGCCCCCUGCACAUACAUCCCCUCCCCUCUUAACUCUUUUUUCUGCCACAUGUACAUAAAAGCCCCAUGCGCACUCCUGAAAAUGGACACGACUUCUCUGAGGGAUGUAACGACUUGCACACGCUGACAAAUAUGGAGGUGAAUGCUGGCAGGAUUGUAUUUCUUUUUCAUGUUGUUUUUCUUGGCGAGCGGCAGCGCAGCACCAAGCGCGCGCGCCAUUGUGUUUCUGUAAAAUUAAAUGGUUUCUCGGAGGAAUGGACAGCAGGGGGUGAUAUUGCAGAAAUGAAUGAUCUACUGUGUUGUACAGCGGAAGUAAUGUUUCGUAUGUAUAAAAACUCUGACUUUAUGUUUAGCAGUUUGUUGCCAUGUUCUGUUGUUCGUGUGUACUGAUGAAAAGUUUUCCCUUUUGCACUUUUAGUGCCACAAUGUUGAACUUUAUUCCUUUCUUUUUUCUUCUUCUUCUUCUUCUUGUUUCUUUGAAUUAUCUGCAGGAUUCAGACAGUAUUUAACUGCUGUGUAUAUUUUUGUACUCUUAUCAUUUUGUGGUUAAUUUAUUGUCUGUUAUUUAUAUGAACGAUGCAGAGAAUGUCAGAUUAUUUAAGGAUAUUUUUGUCAUGUUUAAUUUAUUGAUCACUGAAGAAUCUGUAGACAUUUGAGUUUUUUCUGAGCAUUGUGAUGGCAAAUGGUGUAGUAUACGUAUGGGAAAUGAUUUAUGGUUAUUUAAGAAUGUAGACUAGCCUCUUUCAGAGGAACAAACCCUUUGUUGAUGACUGUCACUUCUUUCUCCCCAUUUGCACUCAUUUUGUAAAUAAUCCAACGUUACCCACAAGCUUAUUUUAGAAAAUUUUGAGGGGAUUCCUACUCUUAGCUUUGACCUUGCACACCUGUUUGCAUGUUCAGCAUUCGUCUUUUCUUUGCAUGUUGUUGAUGAAACUUUUUCUCCCCACUUUUUAAUGUGCAUUUCAGGGUUUUUUUUUCAUUU